CACACAGGGAGUGAUCUGGAAAGUUUGUUAAGCCCCACAGGUUGAGAAAUCCAUGGAUGUAGUCUUCGAGGCACUUCUGCUCCUCCUCCAUGCAAAGCAGCUAGAUAGGUCUGGUGCUGCGGACGUGCCCCCUCCUCCUACGGAUCCGGAGGACGACAACAUCUACCGAGUGCACGAAAUCCUCGAUUCCCGGCGACGGGGCGGCCUUCUGGAAUACCUCGUUGACUGGGAAGGAUUUGGUGUGGAGGAGAGAUGCUGGGUCCAGCGGGAGGACAUUCUGGAUCCCACCCUACUCCAGGACUUCCAUUCAGCCCAUCCAGAUCGUCCUGCACCCAGGGGCCGUGGUCGUCCCCGUCGUCGGUCCCGCCCGCCAGCUGGAGCUGGCCGUGGGGGGGGGGGUACUGUCACGGAUCCGUCGGCGUCAGCACCAGAUACCUUCACUCCACCUACUCGUUCCGGUUCCCCUGACUACUAAUCAUCACCACCUGCCGUCACCACCUGCCAUCACUU